UGCAGAUUUCUCAUGCAUGUGAUUGGAGGGCACUAUAUAUGUGCAGGCAGGCAGUGCAGCGCUCAGAUCCUCAUCUCUGCGUGUGAUUGGACGGCUUGACCAGCGAAAGAUGGCCUCGUUCCGGGUGCAGGAGGUUCUGCUCAGGACUCUGGAGGAUCUGAACGCUGAGGAGCUGAAGAGGUUGCAGUGGCACCUGAUUCAGGGGGUGCUGGACGGGAAGCCCCCCAUGGCGAAGGGGAAGGUGGAGGGCAGGUCUCUGGACGAGACGGUGAGUCAGGUGAUCCAGUUCUACGAUGAUGAUACAGCAGCUGACGUUACCGAGAAGGCACUCCAGCGAAUGGGUCAGACCCAACUGGCCCGGAAGCUGAGGAAGAACCUGGAUAAUGGAGCCGCCCACAGGAACCCUGCGGACGACGUUCUCCCCAACGCCUGAACCUCUACUGUCCUCCUGACCCUAUCACCCUCAAACCAGUAAAACCAGUAAAACCA